AUGCUGAGGCCCGCGACUCCUCUGACCGUCUUACUGCUCAUAUCCUUCGUUUUCCUUCUGCUGUCGGUUCUCUCCACGCCUGUCAUCCACAGCAUCCCCAUUGCCACCUAUCGAGGAGUUAAUUUUGGAGUUUUCGGGUACUGCACACCAACAACAUGCAGUGGCAUAAGGGUGGGCUAUACAACUGAUGGUCUCUUCCCCGAUGGAGACACCGACUUCAAUCUUUCGUCAUCGACGAGACAUUCGCUAUCCUCCCUCCUCAUCGUUCACCCUGUCGCGGCCUUUUGUAACCUGGUGUGCCUUGCAUUGGCUGGUGCGGCUCACCUGCACUCCCCCUCGCAUUCUGCCCGCUAUCUUCUAGGCCUCCUGAUUCUACUACUGCCAACCCUUCUGGUCACUUUGCUGGCUUUCUUGGUCGACAUUUUACUGUUUGUGCCGCACUUAUCAUGGGCCGGAUGGAUUGUCCUUGCUUCAACCAUCCUCAUAGCCGCCUCAGGCGUUGUCACCUGCGCUAUGAGGCGGACACUCGUCUCUAGGAAAGCGCGUAAGAAGAGAAUUGCCGAGAACGCGGAAAUGAGCGGGGAGAACUAUUACAAUCGGCAGGCACAAGAAUCCAAAGCGGUUGCGCAAACAUUUACCACUGAGCCUACUAUGCCCAUGGUUAAUGGCUCGCCCGGUGCAGAUAGGCUACCUGCCUUUGCAACUUUCGACGUCAGUCAAAAAUCAGACGAGGAGCGCCAACCCCUCCGAACGCAAGCUCUAUCUACUGAGCCAAGUCUGGCGACACCCUCCCGAGACGGGAUAUCGGAUCAAUACUACGGGCCUCCCUCGCGAUCCAGCAGUCGGCCACCUCAAAAUGGACCACGAGAUCAAUUUGGGAAUCCGCCUCCUCCGCCGAUCCCUUCCGGUCCAGAUGGAGCCAUGGGUUCGGGACAAGGUAGAAGGUCGGGGGACGAAGCGACUCCUCCUAGUCCUUAUCGCGAUCGCAGUUUGCCACCGCUGGGCGGUCGAAGCCAUUCGCAGCGUGGCAGGGGUGGCUAUCCGCCUCGGGGUGGUUAUCCUCCGCGAGCAGGUGGCUUCGGCCCAAGGGGACCACCUCCGCCACAAGGCUAUCCGGGCAGAGGUGGAUUUCCGGUCGACAUGAGAGGAGGAUAUGGUGGACGAGGGAGAGGUGGAUUUCCACCCACUGGUCCUGGUGGUCCGAUAAUGGCUGCUGGCGCCAUGAUGGCUGGUGGUCCGCGACGACCUCCACCAGGCUAUCCGCCUAAUGGAGCUGACAAUGUAUCAGAGAGAUACACGUCGUCGGACGAAUAUCCAGUGGCGAUGGGCCCCCCGCUACCCAUGGCACCUCCACAACAGUAUAUCGAAGACAACGAGCGGGGGUAUGACAUAAGGAGUCCCUCUGUCUACACCCAAGCAGAGGAGAUGCCAGGUCCAUAUGGAGCCAGAGCGCAGUCACCAGGGCGGGACAGGACCUCACCCUAUGGCGGUCGUGUCCAGUCCCCAUCGGGUGCUCUGCGUCAACCUUCCCCACCUCCGGCUAUGCCCCCGUUACCCACGACUCAACCUGUCGAGAUGGCUGGCACCUCCGUACGUGACUUCAAACCCCAAAGGUCACAGAGUCAAGAUCCCUAUGUACCUGCGCGGGCUAACUGGAACAAUAUGCCGGGCGAGGAUUUGGGAUAUCCGAGGUCACCUGGAAGACAAGCUCAAUCUCCAAUCGAGCUCCCUACAAGCGGCAGUCACGUAGGUGGCUAUAGGAGUCCACCACACAGACAACGCGUCAACUCUGGUGGGAGUGAUCUCUACUACGAAGAUGUCGAUCCACGGUUCGCUUCGGACCCAGAACCGGUGCCGCCACAAAACCCCCAGCCAGGAGAACGGAACCGGAGGCCUCCUCCCCUUCUCACGCCAGGACCGCCCGGCCAUUACCGACCCGACUCCUACAACGGCAUUCCUCCAACGAACUCGUACGAGGAAUUGCCCGGGGCGCGAUCUCCAGCGGAAAGUGAAACUAGUAAUUUCACCUCUGUCAGCCAGCGCGGCGUCAACCCCAAUUGGCGGCCGAACAACGGCGGAGAGUUCAGCACCCUGGGUCCUAUGAGGAGGCGAGAACAACAGACGAGGCAAGACAUGCUCCUGGCAGGAAACCCCGACUUUGAGCUGCCCGGAGCCGUGGGGCCUCAGCGUCUCCCAACUCGAGGUGGUAACGGAGGUCCAGGGAUGAGAGGCGGAAUUAUGAGAGGACCAGCUCGUGUCCCGCCUGCUAGUGCCAUUGGUGGUGGUGGUGAUGGUCCCUAUCCCACUCCCAUGGGGCCUCCCCUGCCUGGGGGUUCAAUGGGACCGCCUGGACCUGGACCGGGGAAUGGAAUGGGAGGAAUGAGGGAGAUAUGA